AGAAAUAAAGUGUAACAAAUGAGAUUAUUUAAUUCGAUAAUUUAAUUGAUAAUUGACCUACUACAUGUUAUAAACAUUUGUGCUAUGGUCCUCUGCACGGCUGGGUGUUGCAAAGAAAAAAAAGUUUUAUCUUUAUCAGUCUCAUGAUAGAGGGUCAGUUUCGUUACCUAGAAACAAGAAAACAAAACAGAAGUAAACGGUAUAACUUGAGCUGCCAUAUCAAAUACUUACACAAGGCAUAAUUGGAUUAAAUACUUAAAUUAGAUUUUCACUGCACACUGGGUGUAAAUUACAUUAGCAAAUCCGUCAGCCGACAAACGACGUAACGGGUCGUAUCGCGAGAAAGAACGAGAACAUGGAAACAAGACAACAAAAAUAAAUUUGUGGACAACAAGCCAGAGUGCAUGAUGGCGGCGUCGCUGCUGCGCCGGGACAAGAAAGCCACUGCCACCCACUUGAAGGCAGACUUAAAUCGGACUGACAAUAGCUCCGGGGUCCGACAACUACAGGAGCUGCUCGACGCUGUACUGAAUCCUGAAAUAUCAGCGGCGGACACGGAGGCUCUUGACUGGUGUAAAUGUCUAAUUGCAGGAGGCGAAGGUUUCGAGGAGUUCUGCAAAACGGUCCGGUCCUAUGACAACGCGACUCUGUGCGGCUUGGUCUGGACGGCUAAUUUCGUGGCAUAUCGAUGCCGGACCUGUGGCAUCUCCCCGUGCAUGUCACUGUGUGCUGAGUGUUUUAAUAACGGAGACCACACGGGCCAUGAUUUCAACAUGUUCCGGAGCCAGGCUGGUGGGGCCUGUGACUGUGGAGACAGUAAUGUCAUGCGAGAGAGUGGGUUUUGCAGACGGCAUCGGUUGAGAACAGGGGAGAAUAUCCCAUCAAUACCUCGAGACCUUCUCUUGAUGUCCGAGAUGGUUCUUCCUCGCUUUAUCCUGUGCAUCAUACAGUAUCUGAGAGAUGGCUAUAUUGAGCCAGACACCUCAAGCGAGAGAGAUCUACAGAAAGUCCUGCAGCAGCUGGACCCUCAGAUCUCCUUCCUGGAGGAGCUCACGAAAAUGGGAGGAGCAAUGAGGACUGUACUGACAAAAAUCUUGACCAAUCAGCAAACAUUCAAGGAGUUGAGCAUGGGCCAAGAGGAGAAUUUGUAUGCUAAAAAGAACUAUGACAAGUAUUUGUCAGCCUUGAAGAAUUCAGGUCUGGUGCCUGUGGAGGAGAAAGCACAAGGUGCUACUGCUGAUGUCACUGUUGGUGCUGAAGGAGGCGCAGGAGCAAUGGUCGUAUUGGGAUCCAGUGCACCAGGGAGCCCAGAUGAGUCUAAUAAAGAGGAGGACCAAGAUGCUGGGCAGUCUGUUGGACAGAGGAAGAGGGUUAAGCUGAGCAGCAGUACCAAAGACCCGUGUAUUAUUGAAUCUCUGAAGCAUAAGUGCUUUCUGGAGGAGUUGCUGUUUUGGACGAUAAAAUAUGAGUUUCCUCAGAAGAUGGUCACCUUCUUACUAAACAUGUUGCCAGAUCAAGAUUACAAGAUCACUUUUACGAAAACAUUUGUUCAGCAUUAUGCAUUCAUCAUGAAAACACUGAUGAAAAGCCACGAGUCAGAUACCAUGUCCAACCGCAUUGUACAUAUUAGUGUGCAGCUGUUCAGCAAUGAGGAGCUGGCUCGUCACGUGACAGAGGAGUGUCAGCUGCUGGACAUCAUGGUCACUGUCCUCCUCUACAUGAUGGAGAGUUGCCUUAUUAAAAGUGAACUUCAGGAUGAAGAGAACAGUCGCCAUGUGGUGGUGAACUGCAGUGAGGCUCUGUUAAAGAACAAUACCUACUGGCCAUUAGUUAGUGACUUUAUUAACAUCCUCUCACACCAAAGUGUAGCGAAAAAGUUCCUAGAGGACCAUUCAUUGUUGAUGCUAUGGAUGAGCUUUGUGUCAUUUUUCCAAGGCAUGAACCUGAAUAAGCGGGAGUUGAAUGAACAUGUGGAAUUUGAGUCCCAGACGUACUAUGCAGCGUUUGCAGCAGAGCUCGAGGCCUGUGCACAACCAAUGUGGGGUCUCCUAACACACUGCAAAGUCAAAGAGACACAGGAAUAUACUAAAACUGUGGUACGCUACUGCUUAGAGACCCUGCAGAUCUGGUUUGAUGCCAUUGGCUUCGUUGAUGAGCCUGCUCCAAAUCAAGUGACAUUUCAUCUGCCACUGCACCGCUACUAUGCCAUGUUCCUCAGUAAGGCUGUAAAGUGCCAAGGCCUGGACCUGGACAGCCUCCUGCCUGACCAAGAGAUGCUGAUGAAGAUCAUGGUGCAUCCACUCCAAAUCCAGGCAUGCCUGUCAGAGAUCCACAGCAACAUGUGGGUCAGGAAUGGUCUCCAGAUAAAGGGACAGGCUAUGACCUACGUGCAGUCACACUUCUGCAACUCCAUGAUUGACCCAGACAUCUAUCUGCUCCAGGUUUGUGCAUCAAGACUAGAUCCUGACUACUUUAUCUCAAGUGUUUUUGAGAGGUUCAAAGUGGUUGACCUGUUGACCAUGGCAUCUCAGCAUCAGAACGCUGUGUUAGACUCUGAGCAGGAGCGACCGAUGCUUGAAGGAGCACUGACCUUCCUGGUAAUAUUGACGAGCCUUCGCACUCAUUUGGGGAUGACAGAUGACGAGAUCCUUCGGGCUGAGAUGGUCUCACAGUUGUGUAUGAAUGACCGUACACACAGCGCGCUGUUAGACCUUAUUCCUGAGAAUCCAAACCCAAAGAGUGGCAUUGUACCAGGGAGUUGUAGCUUUGAGGAGAUGCUCUCUGCUGUGGCUGACUUCAAAGCACCGGUGUUUGAGCCCGGAGGCUCCAUGCAGCAGGGCAUGUACACACCUAAAGCCGAGGUGUGGGAAAAGGAGUUUGACCCCAUCAUGGUCGUUCUCAGAACAGUCUAUCGGCGUGACGUCCAGUCAGCAAUGGACAGAUACUCAGCGUUUUUAAAACAGUCUGGCAUUCACACCGGCAACCCAUGGCCACCUUACAAGGAGAGGACUCCUCUGCAUCCGUGUUACAAAGGCCUAAUCAAGCUGUUGCACUGCAAGACGCUGCACAUUGUGAUAUUCACUCUCCUUUACAAGAUAUGGAUGGAUCAUCAGAAUAUGUCCGAGCAUGUGCUCUGCAUGGUGCUGUACCUGAUCGAGCUGGGCUUGGACAACCAGGUUCAAGACAGCAAGGAGGACGAGGAGCCUUGCAUUGAGGAGCACUGCCAUGACAGCUGGUUUCCUGGCAUCAACCUCCUCUCCAAUCUGCACCAUGUCAUUAACUUUGUGAGAGUUCGAGUUCCUGAGACAGCUCCUGAAGUGAAGAGAGAGCCCCCCCCAAGCACCAGCACUGAAGCUUCUUCUUAUGGCCAGAACUCCAGGCGUCUUGGAGGGAAUUGGAGAGAGAACCUGCGUGAAGCUCAGGUUUUCAGCCUUGUAGCUGAGCGCAGGAGGAAGUUCCAGGAGAUAAUCAACCGCAGCAACACUGAAGCCGCCCAGGUUGUCAGGCCCAAGAGCUCCUCAACACGCUGGGUCCCACCAGGCACACCCCCCCAGCUGGUGACAGAGAUCCUGGAGAUCCGGGAGAGCAUGCUGUCCCUCCUCAUCAAGCUCCACCAGAAGUUGUCGUCCAAGCAGAACUCUCUGUCGGCAUCGUGGCUAGAGGACAUGGACACAAGUCGUCACACUCAUGGAGACGGCAUUACAGCUAUUGAGCGCAUCCUCACCAAGGCAGCCACGCGCAGCUGUCAAAUCAAGCGUAGCAUCCAGGACAUUUGUGGGAAGGCGUGUCCUCCUGUGCCACCAAAGAAGAACAGUCCCAGUGACAAGAAAACCAUGGAUAAAGAAGAGAGACGUCAGAGGGCAAGAGAGAGACAGCAGAAGCUGCUUGCUGAAUUUGCCUCCAGGCAGAAGAGUUUCAUGGAAACAGCCAUGGAUGUUG